GGCAGCUCUCUACUAUCUAUGAAAAUUCGAUAAUCUAUUUGGCAUUAUCAGCAAGCACUGCCAAAAAAAUUAUUGGGUUUGCUUCACAACGGUAUAUAUCUAACACCCUGCAUCUUGAAAUUUCCUUCCAGUCUUCACAUACACAUGUGAGGAACCAUGGCGAGCAACAAUUCAACUCUUCUCGCAGCCAGCGAGAUUUCCGCCACCAAUAUGAUCGAGUUUUCAGAAGCCGAUUUAACCUUCUCGGAGAAACUCGCCACUUUACCAACCGUCCUAUGGGAGAACAGCGACAUGUUCGUUCUCGAAGGACGCAUCAUAUUUGCUGCAAUGACAUGCAUUUACAUUGCAUCUUAUGCCUCUCUUCGUCGACCUCCGUCCGCUCAAUCUCCCAAGAAAGGCAAAAAGGGAGCCCGGAAGGAAGACCAAGAUGAAGAGGAUCAGAUUAUCCAUGGCCUAGAACCUUCCGAUGCCAUCCUCAUGCCUCUAAUGGCUGGUGUGGUCCUCGUGGGACUCUACUAUUUGAUCAAGUGGCUUGAGGAUCCGGACAUUCUCAAUAAGAUCCUCCGAUUUUAUUUUUCCGCCCUUUCGCUAGCGAGUUCAGGAAAGCUCUUUGCCGAUACACUACAUUCCUUGACAUCCUUCGUCUUUCCUACGGUAUGGGUUGCUAAGGAUGGCAAGAUUUGGCAUAUCGACUCUGCGAAAAGAAGCCAUUGGUCUAAAACUAGCGAUUCUUUAGAACAAGUGUGGGAUGAUAAGAAAAGAACCCCCUUUCCAGGUCGCUGGUCCGAAUCAAGCAUAUCCGAUGCGAAGAACUCUCUACUGUGGGAGGUACGCCAUCUACUCCGGGAGCAAUGGACUGUCCGUACCGCAAUCCACGGCAUUAUGCACGAGACGGUCAAAGUCAAGUUCAACGAUAUCCUUGGCAUUGUGCUUGCUGUUGUAGCGAAUGUAAUCUACUACACGACAAACUCGACUCUUCUAUCGAAUAUCAUGGGCUACUCCUUCUCAUACACUGGUAUCAUCCUGAUGUCCCCGACCACCUUCACUACCGGCACCGGCCUCCUUUUCGGGCUGUUCCUCUACGACAUUUACAUGGUCUUUUACACUCCUUAUAUGGUAACAGUCGCGACAAAGCUUGACGUUCCGAUAAAACUGGUCUUCGAAGGGCCCAAGAAGGGUAGUAUGCUUGGUUUGGGCGACAUUGUUCUCCCCGGUAUCUUCAUCGCACUAUGUCUUCGCUUCGAUCAUUACCUAUAUUACCACAAGCAACGCAAACUCGUCCCAGUGGAGCUAAAAUCUGAGGACGAAUCUUCGGGCCAACUUGUUACGAAUACCGAAACGCAGCGUAUGGUAGUGAAACCGGAUUAUGUCAAUCCUCAAGGACAGUGGGGCGAUCGGUUCUGGAGCACAAGUCUUCGCAAGACAUUUUCGCCGGAUGCUACGCCCGCGUUGAAGGCCUCGGCAUUUCCCAAGACGUAUUUCUACGCCGCCAUGGUUGGAUACUUCUUUGCUAUGAUUGCGACCCUAGCAAUGCUUUUCGUCUUUCGCCAUGCGCAACCGGCAUUGCUAUACCUUGUCCCCGGCGUUGUGUGCGCAGUUUGGUUUACAGGAUUAGUAAGAGGGGAGCUUCGUGAGAUGUGGACCUACACCGAGGAUGGCAAACUAGACACUACAGAUACCAUCGUGCAAGUCGAUGGGAAUGGAAACGUCAUUGAUGUUAUCAGCGACAAGAAGGACGGGAAGAGUGAUGAUAAGAGCAAGGAAGAACAGAAGACUCUAACUGAUGGCAAAUCAUCUAACAAAGACACCUCUUCGGCGGGCCAAGCAGAUGAGAAAAAGCCUGACGGGAAUCACACAGAGCCUGAGCGCAAGCUCGAAUUUAAGAAAAAGGACGGUGGAUAUCCCGUCUUCCUCUUCUCAAUCGAAGCCCCGCCUCCUAAGAGGAGUGCGGAUUCAUAAAUGGGGAUGAGUUACGCUUGAUAGAGGUGGUCGCAUUAAUUCGCUUGAAGGGUUAGGGCAUUCUGCUGGUUAGAUGGUAGAUUAGACUUAGUUCAGCGAAGAGUGGCAAGCUCAGCGUAAUAUCAAAUAAGUUCUUGCA